GGUUAGUUAUUAGCUGCAAGAUCGUAAACCUUCAGCUCCGUUUCACCUCUCCCGGCUUAAACCCGUCUCCGGCGUUUAGAUCUUCGCCGGCGGAUUGAUCUUAUGAUAUGGCGAAUUCCGAAGAAAAAGCUAAACUCGAAAGAUUCCUAGAUUGGCUUCAGGUGAAUGGAGCUGAAUUACGAGGCUGCAGCAUCAACUAUUCCGAUUCCCGAAAAGGAUUUGGCAUUUUCGCCUCCAGCUCCGCUGAUACUUGCGAUGAUGUUUUGCUUGCUGUUCCGCUUGAUUUGGCGAUUACUCCUAUGAGAGUUCUUCAGGACCCUCUCCUGGGUCCAGAGUGUCAGAAAAUGUUCGAACAAGGGCAAGUAGAUGACCGGUUUCUGAUGAUUUUGUUCCUCACCUUGGAGCGUCUUCGUAAAAAUUCUUCUUGGAAGCCGUAUCUUGAUAUGCUCCCCACUCGAUUUGGCAAUCCUCUUUGGUUUUCCGAUGAUGAGUUCCUUGAGCUGAAAGGGACAAACUUAUAUCACGCUACCGAGUUACAGAAGAAGAAGUUGCAGUCGCUUUACCAUGAGAAGGUGGAGGUCCUGGUGAAAAAGCUUCUUGUUUUGGAUGGCGAUUCCGAAAGCGAGGUCUCAUUUGAACACUUCCUCUGGGCAAAUUCUGUAUUCUGGAGUCGUGCCUUGAACAUACCUCUUCCGCAUUCUUUUGUGUUUCCACAAAACCAGGAAGAUGUUGGGGGAUGCCCAUCAACAAGUCAUCCAACUGAAACGAAUAUCGAUAUUCAGGCUCCAGUCUCUGGCCCGACGUCUGUAGGACCCGGCGAUACUGUGUGGGUUGAGGGGCUUGUUCCUGGCAUUGACUUUUGCAAUCAUGAUUUGAAGCCUGUGGCGACUUGGGAAGUUGAUGGGACCGGAUCAGUAUCUGGAGUUCCUUUCUCCAUGUACCUUCUCUCCGUUACACAAAAUCGUAUCCCAGGCAAGGAGAUUUCGAUCAGUUAUGGUAAUAAAGGUAAUGAGGAGCUUCUUUACCUGUAUGGAUUUGUGAUAGAGAACAAUCCAGAUGAUUAUCUCAUGGUACAUUAUCCUGUCGAGGCGAUUCCGAGUAUCCCUUUUUCUGACUCCAAGGGACAGCUUCUCGAAGCCCAGAAAGCUCAACUCCGGUGUCUCUUGCCAAAAUCUCUUCUGGAUCAUGGGUUUUUCCCACAAAGCACAUCAAAAGUCAGAGAAAGCGAGGAGAAGGAAACCGUCAGGUCCUGUAAUUUCAGUUGGUCUGGACAGCGAAAGAUGCCCUCGUAUAUGAAAAAAUUAGUUUUCCCAGAAGAUUUUAUGACUGGCUUGAGGACCAUUGCCAUGCAAGAAGAUGAGAUUUACAAGGUCUCAGCUAUGCUUGAAGAGCUUGUAGAGUCAAGACCAGACGAGCAACCUCGUGAAACUGAGGUCAGGAUGGCGGUAUGGGAAGCAUGUGGGGAUUCUGGGGCUUUGCAGUUACUUGUGGAUCUGCUUAAUGCAAAGAUGAUGAAGCUGGAAGAGAAUUCCGGCAGUGAAGAAGGAGAUGCUUGGCUCCUUGAGGAGGCAUGCGUCUUGGAGAACCAUGAUGAACAGCCAAGGGAGCUGGAGAGUGGGAAAAGGAUGAUGAGCAGAAACAAGUGGUCAAGUGUGGUUUACCGUAGAGGGCAGAAACAACUCACAAGACUGUUGCUGAAGGAAGCAGAGCAUGCCCUUCACUUAGCCCUCUCCUCUGACCAUUGAUUAUUAUUAGUACAUCUUAAUAUUAUUAAUAUAAUAAAAGGUUGUACUGUUUGCGACUAUCUCAUUCUAUACAAGAAGAAAUAUAGUUCUUUUUGUAAUCCGGAUAUACACGAUAGCAAAUGUUAGUGACUAUCUCAUUGUUACAUAAAAAGAACUAUUUAUUUA